GCACAGGGUUCAGUCAUUCAGUCUUUCACAGCCCGUCUACCUGAAAUCAAGACCUCUCAGAUUAACGCUAAUAUGCACACCACUGUGCUGUUGGUAUUGUGGGUGCUGGGAACAUCACUGGUGUUGCCAGACCCCGACACAGCUGGGGAUAGAGCGACAGAAGAACCUAUUCCAUGUUCUAAAGGCUGCACCUGUUUGCAUGACGACUACAGCUUGGAGCUCAACAUGUACUGCAGUGCUCGCAACUUCACGCAAGUUCCGGCCGACAUGCCCACAUCCACUCACUCGAUCUGGCUGGACGGCAACUUGUUCACCUCCCUUCCGGCAUCAUCUUUUAAGGAUCUUACUAACCUGGACUUUUUGAAUCUUCAGAGUGGCCAACUGGUGACAAUUGACCCUCAGGCUUUCAAAGGACUCAGGUCACUUGCGCAUAUUCACCUUGAGCGAAAUCGGCUGCGGACGUUACCUGGUACAAUCUUCCAGAAUACACCUUACCUUGCAUCACUUAGUCUGCAUAACAACCAGCUCACUCGUAUUGAGGAAACACUGUUUGCGGGACUCUCACAUAUGUGGCUUCUCAACCUAGGCUGGAACUCAAUCGCGGUUCUACCUGAGACAGUUUUCCAGGACUUGCCAGGUCUACGGGAGCUUGUUCUUGCAGGGAACAGGCUCGCUUACUUGCAGCCCCAGCUUUUCCAGAAUCUUGUCGAGCUUAAAGAAUUGGAUCUGACUGGGAAUCACCUCAGAGUCAUCAAAGCCAAUGUGUUUGUUAAACUUAUUAAACUGCAGAAGCUCUACCUUGCCCAGAACCAGAUUGUGACGGUGGUACCCAGAUCCUUUGUGGGCAUGAAGUCACUAAGAUGGCUGGAUCUCACGAACAACAGACUGACGUCUCUCCAUGACGACACCUUCAUGGGCCUGCACAGUCUUCAUGUCCUGCGUCUUUCCAACAACACCAUCACUGGAAUUAGACCCAGGACUUUCCGUGACCUGCAGUACUUGGAGGAGCUGCGGCUUAGCUACAACAGAAUCCGAGCCCUAGGGGAAAGGAUCUUUGAAGGGCUUGGUCAUCUGGAGGUCUUAGAGCUAGAGCACAACCAAGUGCAAGAGGCCCAAGUGGGUAGUUUCACAGGCCUCUCUCACGUUGCUGUCAUAAACCUGUCAGGAAGCUGCUUCCACAGUCUGCCAGACCAAGUUUUCAAAGGUCUGUCAAAGCUCCACAGCCUACAUCUUGACAGAGGUUGCCUAACAAGGAUUACAACUGAAGCUUUCAUUGGACUUUCUGGUCUACGGAGACUUUUCUUGCAGCACAAUAACAUCUCAGUGGUGGAACGACAAAGCUUUGUGGACCUAGUGGGCCUACUGGGACUGGACUUGUCUUUCAAUAAGUUAGAGGUUCUUACACCCCAUACAUUCUCUGGUCUCAAGAAUUUGGAGUACUUGCUGUUGUCCAACAACGAAUGUCAACAGUUUAUGCAGAACGGCACAACGCAGCUUCUCCCAAGGAUGCGUUAUCUUGACCUGAGGGCUAAUGUUUUGACAAGCAUGGUCCCUGAUUUCCCCGAGAGCAUGGAAAAGCUUUUGCUGUCGGGAAACCAUUGGAAAUGUGACUGCAGUGCCCUCCCACUCAGAAACUACAGCUUAAGAAAUCCCUUGGUGAUACCUCGGCAAGUGGAGACCCACGCUGAGGGUGAAGAACCUGACACAACUAUCACCAUAUACAACAACAUCACAUGCACCAGCCCACCACAUCUAGCUGGACACGACCUGCGGGAUAUUGAUAGUGAACACUUCCAAAACUGCUAGACAAACAUGCUCAGAUGUGUCAGGAAUCAGUUGGUAUCAAAGAGAACAUUUUAUUAACCCGUAAUAUUUUUAACAACUUUAAUUCAUUAAGUGUUCAAUUUCAAACUUUUAGCUGUACAUGCAAUAAACUUCCAGUAUUUUCAUUCACAAGGAACGAUCUCUUUAUGGUGUCAAAUAUUAUGCAUGCAUUAUUAAGUUUAUUUUUUUCCUGUUUACUUUUUAAACAAAUUGUUUUUAUUCUGUGUAAUUAAUGUUAAAUACAUGAAUAUUUGAGAGAUGCUAUGAUAAUACUAUGAUAAAACCAACAAAAAAACAAGCAGUAUUUAUUUUACUUAAGCUCAAUAGAGUCAUAAUGUCUAAUAGUGGUAAAAUGCAACAUAUGGUAUAAUAACCUCUGCCAAAAAUGGGGAUGAGAUUAUAUCUUUAAUCUACUCAAAUUGGUAUUGGGGAGUGAGAAAUGACUAGUUUGAGUUUGUAGAAUUUUAGGAUGGGGAUAGCAGGAACUUCAUAAGAACACAACUUUCUCAAAGAUAGUGGGACUUUAAAUUUUUGAUGCAUUUGAAAUGCUUGGAACAAACCAUCACAUAUGAUGCUGGUGACUCAGAUGCAACUCUGUAAUUUAUAGAGUUGCAUCUGAGCCACCUGAAAUGUCCCUCUGUUUAAAUUGACAAGAAAAGAUAUAACCAUUAGGGAAAACAUUCAAAAAUAUUUCUAGCCAGUACCACGGACAUUUAGCAAUUGGAAAAAUAUAUCCUUCUGCAUAAAGUGUAAUAUUCAUGUAUCCGCCAAAAUAAAAUUUCACUACCCUUUUUUUAAAAAGUAUUAGCAGAUAAGCAAUUUAGCAAUAAAUCAGUUAAUUAUUUCUGUAAUUGGAAAGGUUUAAAAUGCACUGGCACAAUUUACAGGCAAAAGGGAAUAUCUGCCCAUGUCAUACAAAUACAUAUCUUGUGUGUCUUUUGUUGAGUGUAGAAAAGUUCUCAUGGAAACAUUUCUUCACAUCAGUGUGUGUUGGUUUUAACCUGUUGACUCUACAGAGUAGGCCAUACUACCCACACAACACUCUGCUAAACCAUUGAUUUGAAUGCAGCACAGUGUUUCUUAAAAUGUGAACGUUUCAAAGAUAUUAAAAGGUUCCACAUCGAAAAUAAACAAAUAAACAAAAUAAA